GCUGCGGUGGAGUGGUCCUGUUUGUAGUCGGUAACUGUUUCUUUUCUCCCCUUCUCGUGUUGGGCUUUGCAGAUGUCUCUCUUCCUUUGCUUUCCAUCCUCGAUCCCUCAUUUUCUGGGUGUUGUACGGGGUCCUUAAUGCCGUUCUUUUCCUUUUCGCUUGUUCCCCAAAACCACAGAGUGAUAGUUGGGGGUCCCCACCAAUUCUGAUCGCUCUUGGGCUGGCGAUACUACCGCUGCGGUAGUUCGCAUUCAAGCAACAGAUAUUGAUAACACCAUGCAGCCAGAUACAGACAAAACCAGGGUACGAGUUAGGAAACCGGACAUGGUUUUGUAUGUCCCAAGAGCAAGACGUGAGAUGGCAGUCUCAAAAAGUGGCCCUUCCGUGGCCACCCAAUGUGGGAGGGAGAGUCACAGCUCCACCACAGAGAAGGAGAGUGUUAAAGCAUGCGAGGCAGGACAAAACGCUAAAACUAGGAAAGGACUGCCUCAGAAUGAUCCGGGAAAUGCCAGGACUCGUCAGAAAGAGAGAAGAACUUUUCCCCGGGACUCAAGCCAUAGUGAUGCAUUCUGCCAAAGAAACCCAGGCAGAAAGGCUCAGGGAGAGAAGAGUCCAAAGUUCCCUCAGAAGGCCACAUCCCAUCCCUUGUUCCCUUCCUCCAGCUUCCCAGACCCAACUCUCACUGGAGUGCGUGAAAGAGAGGCGCAUGAGUGCUGUACUGUACAACCUGCUGUCUCGGGGGAAAGAAUGGCAGGUUUCCAGCCAGAGAUUAGUAAUAUCAACAUCUCAUGGAAAAACGAGCAUGGAUGCCCAUCAGAAAGGCAGGACACCGGCAGGACCAAGAGGACAGUAGUGGUCUCAGAAGAAGUAGGACCAGGUGAAGGCGGGAUGCAGAAUUACUUGGAACAGAAAAUGCUAAGCGAAGAUAGCAAGUUGCUUUGCAAGAACAACAGAACAAAACCUUUAAGUAAAGGUGGUUCAGAACUGACUGGAAUAAGAGAGAACAGUAUAUCUGGAAGUGCAAACGAGAGGAUUCCAGAUAACAGAGGGACAUAUAAGGGUAGUCCAUCCAUCUGCACAGAGGAAGGAAAUUCUGAUUUGGCAUGCAUAAGUAACUGUAAUUUGCUGGAGCACAUUGAUCAAAGCAGCCUGUUUCCUACGGACAUAACCAAGUAUAAUACAUGCAAAUGUACAGAGCAAAGCAACUCCAGUCAAACAGCAGUGAGUGACAAUAGCAUCUUAGAAUGUGCUGUGGUAGAGCCAAAGGAAUGUAAUAGAGUUGAAGAUACAAAGGAGAGUGUUCCUGCUUCAUCGCAAGCAAGUGCGCAUGACAACAAGAAUGAGAGUUGUGUCUCCCAUCGUUCGGUUAACUUUAUCUCUGAUCAGGCUGGAGUGACUGCGGAUAGUAGUGGGAACGUUUUAAUUCAGGCGGAGACACAUAACCUCCUGGAGAAUGCAGAGCAGCUUCCAGAUAAUUCAAACGUGUCUAUAGGUUUUAGUUGUUCAGACAGGACUUCUGAGAACAUAGAUGAUCUGCCCAAUUGUGUCUUUAAGGUAGCAGGUGAUGAAAAGUUACAGGCAGGUGAUAGUGAACAUGAUAAGGAGAAAAGCCUCUGUCAUGAGACAGGCCGGUAUCAAUUUGACACAUUUGAGGCUAAGGCUGCACUGACAACAGCGGAAAGCAUUUUGGACUUGGUUGACCAGAGCCCUGACAGCAGAAGUAAUGUGGAGCCAAUUUGUCCUUCCAAGGAGACUUCCAGCUGGUCUCUGAAGUCUGCCUCUGAGAAUGUGGCCUGUGGUCCAGGAAGCAUAUUGGAGGGAACAGGGACACCCUUGGGAGUGGAAAAGCCAGCUUUGGGGGAACUGGGUACAAGCUUGCAGUAUCCCUCUGAAGACAAAGGAGAACAACCCACAAAUUGUGUGCCAUCUAGUUCGGAAGAGACCACUGACACCAGCACUGAUCCUGUAAGUCACAGCGAGGCUGACAACAUGGCCGAUGAGAGCUGGGACGCCCUGUUUAAUGAUGAUGGGGAUUGCUUGGAUCCACAGUUCCUGGAGCAGCUGUCUACCUGCACUCUCCGUGGCACAAGGCUACAGGAGCCGCAUUUUGAUUAUUACAACUAUUCUCCAGCUGAUCAGGACAUGAGUGACUCUGAGCUGCCACAUGUCAUUGAAAUCUAUGACUUCCCACCAGAAUUCCGCACUGAGGAUCUGCUGUGUGUCUUCUGCCAUUACCAGAAAAAAGGUUUUGACAUUAAAUGGAUAGAUGACACCCAUGCUCUGGGUAUCUUCUCCAGUCCCAUCACAGCACGGGACGCUCUCAAUACCAAACAUCUGGUGGUGAAAACCCGUCCCCUGUCACAAGCUACACGAGCUGCAAGGACCAAAGCCAGAGCUUAUGCGGAAUUCCUGCAACCUGCCAAAGAGCGUCCCGAGACCUCAGCUGCUCUGGCCAGGAGGCUGGUGACAGGUGCCCUUGGUGUGAGAAGCAAGCAGAGCAAGGCCGAACGCGAAGCUGAACGUAAGCAGUUACAAGCAGCUCGAGAGCGGAAGCUUUUGGAAGCCAAGCAAAAGGAAGAUGCCUGGGAAGGUCGUGAGUGAGUCGGCAGCCAGUGCAAGAAGAGGGAAGUUGAUCAGGUCUGAUUGAAAACCUCGUGGAGUGGAACUGACACAUGGCAGCUCAUGCUUACAGCAUUGAGGACUCUACCAUCCCCUUUGGGAGAAGCAAUAAGAUAAUGGGGAGUUGGGAGUGCACUGGAGUCGUCAGAUAUGCCAGGGUGAGUCAUGUGAACCCAAGCUACUGGGCUGGAAGGCCGCAAAAGAGUCGGACUGGAGUCUGGCAGGAAGGAGCUGCUGUACUGUUAACAGUCCUGCCAGGGCUGUUCUGAAUGCCAUCGCCCAAUGCACUCAUCCCAUUUGUUUCAAGCAGCCUGGAUGCGGGGCCUCUCUGUGCUCUGGGUCACCGAGUCACGCUGUGCUCAGUGGGAUGGGACUGAACUGUGAUAGCUUUUAGAUCAGGCCCACUAGGAUGGCCAGGUGCCCAAUGCUGAGCUUGCUAUUAAAGUUGAUUUGAUUUUAUAUGGUGUCGUGUGAUGCAGGCAGCUUUACUGCCUCCAAGUAACUCGAUGAAUCUUCAGCGCUGGAAAGUAAGCAGAGGAAUGACAGCAACUCGGUGAGUUGUUGCCGUGGUUGGACUGGGCUCAAGACUCCCCUCUUCCAGAUCCAUAAGAUGCCAAGAAGAAAGGGGCUUAUCUCUUACAAGCCCAUUCCUGAUGGGACCCUCGUAAAUUCUCAGCUGAAGAGCUGAGGUGAAAGCAACUCUUCCCCUACAGGGAAAUCAGGCUCCAGCUGGGAGAUCCUGCGACCCAAACAGAUUCUGGACCUCCGAGAGGAACCGUUGCCAAGCGGCUCUGUGCACUUGUGGGAUUUCUCUCCUUGGGGCAGGAAUAUGUUGGCAGCAGUCCUUGCAGCAUGUCACUUCCACCCUGUAAAAACAGGCACAAGCCAAAAGCCAGCCAGCUCUGGCCUGUUUCACUUUACAGGCAUUCCCUCCGCCGCCCACUCCCCAGGAAUGUUUCUCAAAGACCAGCAAACAAGGCCCUUUCUGUUCUGAACAGCUGCAUUACCACCACCCAAAAAGCGGGCAGAUUGGCUGCUUCCUGUAAAUGUACAUCAACAACACACCUUUGCCAGGCUGGGCCGGAGAUUCCUGUGGUCAGACACUCCCAGCUGCGCUUGGGGUCAAGCCCUGUAAGAUUGGACCAAGAAUUUUGGUUGGCUCUGCUUAGUUGGUGCAGAGAUCAAGAUCAGACAUAUUAGUCUGACCUUGCUACUGCGCAGCAGUCGGCACCAUUGCUGCUCAAACUAUGGAUCAACAUAAUCUGCCCCAGUCCAAGUUGUGGGUCAAGACAGCACAUCAGAGGUCAUGUUGGAGGUGGCGAUUUGGGAGAGAGAGAGAGAGAGAGAGAGAGAGAGAGAGAGAGCGGGGAGAGCAGAAUUCACUAGGAGUGUGUGCCUGGCAUGCCCCAUUGACCUAGUCAGAUGGAGACUGGAGAUACUCUCUAUGGGACAUUCCGCUUGAGACUGUUCGGGGUCAAAUCGCACACAGGCCAAGGCAGCUCUCAGAGCUGGAAUGUUCUGGCAAGCUGCCUGUUGCUGGCCAGCCAGACUUACAGCCACCUCUGUACCUGGAACAGCAACCGAUUGUGUCUCCCUUUGAGCAGGGUGGAGUGCUUGCCUGUGAUGUGGGCAGUAUUCUGGAAUAGGAGCGGAUGGGUAGUGACUGCUUUUCCUGGCAAUUCCACUCGUCUAACUCCCUGCUCUGCCAAGCAAGUGAUACCUGAACCAAGCCCUGUCUGUUUGAUCCAACUAAAUACUCUCAAAUCUGAUACACCAGACUGGCUAAAUUAGGUUUCAUUCCCAUUUAUAGUUUCUGGCAGUUUGCAGGGCCUCCCUUUCAGGCCAUCAGCAUUUGCAUCAAGAGUAGACUAGCCGUCCAAGUAAUUUCAUAUUUACUUAGGAAUAAUUGCAUUGAAGCUUAUUGAAGACUGUAUUUAAUUCUCUUGUAAAUGUGGCUUUAAGGCAAACAUGCAGGUCAUUCUUUAAAUUGGCAUACCCCAGGUCCGAUGCUUAGCUGGUCCCAUACCUUAUUCCAGACAGGAUUUGUCUCUUCGAUCCAUUGUUGGCUUCUUUUCCUGUACUCUUGUCAUUUCUGUUAGGAUUACGCUGUUGCAAAACAUGCCAUGGAAUUUGAGAACUAUUUAAGUAUCUCCAGAAACAGAUUUAAGAUUUGUCUCCUCAAUGUUGCUUUAAAACCUAAACACCAAAAGUGUGCAGUGUUCAGAUCUGAAUUAUGCAAAGAGGCUUCAGAUCUAACACACACACACACACACACACACACACACACACACCACACACACACAAUCAGCAGUUCCUUAAAGGAGAAAGACCCUUUUCUGGUCUUCCAUAAUAAUAUCUAUGCUCAAGAAAGAACAUGAGUAAAUUGAGCUCAGAA